AUGAGCUUCCUCAGCAAUGUGAUGAAGUGCUGCUUCAAGCAGUUACUGAGAGACUUCUCCUUCACUGGGCGCCAGCGAUGCGGAGGGAGAGGUGGCCAGGCAGGAGCCGCUGCCCUCACGCCGCCCUGGGGAGCGGCCACAGCGAGCGGUGCUCCGGGCGCUCCCGGCCCGGGGCGAUGCACAGCGGCCGCGGCGGGCGGCGCCCGAGCGCUCCGGUGCCGCCGCGGCGGGCGGAGCCCAGCGCCGGGCGAGGCCGCACCGCGCCGCCACUGGCGCGGCCGGGGGAGGCGGCGGCGGAGCGCGGCAGGGACCGGGACAUGCCGCGGUGUCCCCGCCGGUAGCGGCAGCGGGGAGCGGGCCCGCACUGACAGCCCCAGCCGCUCUGGCCCGCGCCUGCCCGGUGCAGCUCCCGGUGCUCCCCCUCUGCAUGUGGCUGCGGCGGCUGUGCCUGGAGCACCGCACCGAGGGGCCGGCCGUGAUCGCCGCAGGAAAGCCGUGGGUGCAGGCACUGAGAGCCACCGGCAGGAGCUGCUCACCGUCCUGAGAGACCUCAUCACGCCGGAGUCGCUGCCUCAGCUCCACCUUCACUGGCUCCUCGAGGAUGGGAUCCGGGCCACGCAAGAGGGCAGCUGGGGGGAGAGCAGAGACUUCUUCAUGGAGCUGGAGAUUGUCAUCCAGGUAAGUCAGAUUUUCAGUGCUAGGCUCUCUCUGGAGAGCUGCAUCACCACCUUGGCCUGGCACUAGAAAGAGUGUGUUUCUAAGAUCCCACCUGAUGCCCAUCCUGAUCACCGUGCUACUCAGGCAGCUCCCCAAAGUCUACCUAUUUCAGACUUGCCUCUUGCCUCUCUGGUGUGCCAUGGUAACACAUCCCAGAGCCCUGGCCAGGCUUCCCCCACUGUGGCAGCAGCUCAGCAGAAGCAGCAGCCCAUGUCAAUCCUGUAUCCUGUGGCAAAACUGGAGGCCGCAGAAACCUCAGAGGAUGACUGUGAAGAUUACAUUACCCAAAGGACUGAAGACAGUAUCAGGAAGUUUUUGAGUGGCAUUUGCACAGAGGCUGCUGCCAGGCUGUGCCUAAGUGAGAGGCUGCUGCCAGUGUGCAAGGCAGUGCUUUGGAAGUCCAGGCAGCUGAUUUGCACCAGGUAGGACAGGCUCAGUGUACAGAUCCAGGAGAAUGCCCACCCUGUGGGCAUCUUCCAGGAAGGCCCAAGUAGCUCCACUUGCCACUUCACUGGCCUCCAGCUGCCCUGCUGGCACAUCUUGUGAUUGGACAGAUCAGCUGUGCUGAAUUCUUGCAGGAAGCUCUUGCAGAGGCUCAGUAGACCAUGGGAGAGGGGAUGUGAUGCCCAUCAGGCUGGGUGAGACAGUGCUUAUGGCCUCUUGGAGGUCCUAAAGAGCUCCUGGAACAAGUCUUUGGAUAAAUUCCUGGUGGUGUCCUUCCUCAUGGCAGAGAUCAGCCAGCUGCCUGGCACAGUAGUGAGGACUUGGAGCACAGGACUCUGUGGGAGCUGGCUGGUAGCUGGAUCAGCUCCAUUGAAGUGAAGCUCCAGCACUGAGUGGGAGCUGAGCUGGGUGCUUCCACUGUGUCCUGUCUUGCACCUUCAUUCCCCUCAGCCUGUCAUUUCCUCAGCGUGGAAGGGGCAGUUUGGGUCCUUGAUCUGCUGAGUGAGCGUCACUUGUUGCACUGGGCAGCAGAGGAACUGGAUUGGGAGCUCCUGAUCCUGCAGGAAGGGUAACAGUCACUGACCUGGCUAACAGCUGUGGCCAGGAGCCAGCUCUGGGUGGUGCAAUGUGGGAGGUGCUGGUAUCCUAGAAUCUGCUGAGUUGGAAGGGAACCAUUGGGAUUGUGUCCAACUCCCAGUCCUGUGCAGGACACCACAAAAAUCCCACCAUGUGCCUGAGAGCAUUGUCCAGACACUUCCUGAACUCAGACAGGCUUGACGCCAGGACCACUACCCAUGGGAGCCUGUUCCAGUGCUCAGCCACCCUUUAGGUGAAAAACCUUUUUCUGAUAUUUUGCCUCAAUCUCUCCUGACUCAGCUUUAUACCAUUUCCUCGAGUUCCGUCACUGGUCAUGACAGUGAAGAGAUCAGGGCCUGCCCCUCUGCUUCUUCUCAUAAGGAUGCUGAAGACCACAAUGAGGUCUCCCCUCAGUUUCCUCUUCUCCAGGCUGAACAGACCAAGUUACCUCAACUGUUUCUCAAAAGCUUUGCUUCCAGUCCCAUCACCAUCCUCGUGGCCUCUUUAGAAUGUUCUCUAAUAGCUCAAUGUCUUUUUUAUACUGUUGUGCCAAAACUGCCCCCAGGACUUGAGGCGAGGCUGUAUCAGUGUAGAGCAGGGCAGGACAAUCGCCUCCCUUGCUGGCAAUGCUGUGUCUGAUGCCCCCAGUACAGGAUUGGCCCUCCUGGCUGCCAGGGCACUGCUGAUCUCAUUCAACUUGGCAACAACCAGGUCCCUUUCCACAGUGCUGGUAUCCAGCUUCUUUUCCCCUGUCUGUAUAUACAACCAGGAUUGCCCUGUACAAGGUGCAGUGUGUCACUUGCUCUUGUUAGACUUCAUACUUCUGGUGAUUACUCAUCUCUCAAAUUUUUUGAGGUCUCUCAGCAGGGCCUCUCUGCCCUCAAUGGAGUUGACAGCUCCUCCCAAUUUAGUGUUCUUAGCACUAAACAUUAAUAUAUUACUUAAUAUUCCUUCAAGUCCUAAGUCUAAGUUGUUAAUGAAGAUGUUGAAGAGAAUUGGGCCAAGGGUGAAGCCCUGUGGAACCCCUCUAGUGGCUGGACAUCAGCCUGAUGUCACCCCAUUCCCUCUUUGUUUGUGCCCAACCUGUGAGCCAGUUGCUCACCCAUUGUGUAACAGGUUUAUUCAGCUGCAAGCUGGACACUUUGUCCAAAAGAAUACUGGCACAGACAGUAUGAAAAGCUUUGCUGAAGCCCAAAAACAUUACAGCUACUGGCUUUCUUUAGUCAGUUACGUGGGUUACCCUGUUGUAGAAGGAAAUCAUGUUCAACAAGCAGGACUUUCCCCUCAAAAAGCCCUGCUGGCUGUGACCAGUGAGUGUGCUCUCCUAGAGGUGUUUUUCAGUACCUGCCAGAAUGAUCUUUUCCAUGAUUUUACUGGGCACUGAAGUGAGACUUACAGGCCUGUAGUUUCCAGGGUUCUCCUUCUUGCCCUUCGAAAUAGGGACAUCAUUCCCCAGCUUCUAGUCAUGUGGGAACCUCUCCAGAUUCCCAAAACCGCUCAAAAAUCAUCGAGAGUCUUUGUGAUGACAUCAGCCAGUUCUUUGUGGUUUCUCAAAUUAAUCCCAUACGGUUCCACAGAUUUGUAGAGAUCUAGGUACAAUAACACGUGACAAAACUAUUUCAUCUGUAGCCAGCACCCGCAGGUCCUUGCAGCAUCCAGCUGUGAGGUGUUGUGCAACUGAGCCAAUAAAUCACCCUCGUGUUGUCUGGGAGCUGAGCCUGUCCCUGUGCCAGCUGCAGCCACCCCCCCUGCCCAGAGCAUGGGGAAUGGGGCAGGGCUUUGGGCAGUGCUCCUCAGUCGUCCUGUGGUGCCUUAGGUGGCAGGAGGUGGCAGCUCCUGAAUCCCUGCAAUCCCACUGUACUGCAGCCCAUUACAGAGCAGGGGUGUUGUUUGUCUGGUUGCAGCAGCUGCUCUCAAUUCCUCAAGAAACAGGAACCCGCCCUCGUGUGCGGGGGUCACUGCCGGGCAGAUAACACUGCAGGGAGGUGGGGAGCAAAGGCUUCGUGCAAGGGUGGGGGAGGGAAAACAGCCAGGAGAGGAAACUCCCUCAUCUGUGGGCGCUGCUUUGGAGUGGGUGAGUUCCCCAGCCCUAUCGCAGCCAGAUGAGCUCCAGCCCCAGCACCUCCCAGGCUGUUCUUGGGACAUAGCAGGGAAUGUCACAGACCUCCCUCCAUUGCUGUGGUUUGGUCACUGUUCAUGUUUUUCCCAUGGAAUUUAGCAAUUCCUUCAUUAACACUUGGGUGUUGACGGAGUUGGCUGUGGUUGAGGGCUGGGGAUUUCCUUUGAGCACCAGUUUUGUAACAUGAUCUGAUACUAUCGAGUCUGCGACUAAAUAUAGCAUCCUGUUUCUUUAAAA